AUGUAUAUAUGUUCCAUUUAUAUAACCAGAUAUGAUCUAAUUGGACCACCGGAUGGUAACUGGGGAGCAGAACUAGAUAAUGGUUAUUGGAAUGGUAUGGUGGGACAACUUCAACGAAAAGAAGUUGACAUGGUAGCUACCGCUCUCACUGUUCAAUCACAAAGAGAAAUGGUGAUGGAUUUUACCCAUCCUUAUUACUAUGAAUUCUCGUCAAUUCUAGUGAAGAAAUCUGAUCCAAAUGAAAAACGAUGGACUAAACUACUUGAUCCCUUCAGUUCAACCGUGUUCUUAUUUGUUGGGAUUUCGGUGCCAGUUUGUUCGUUUUUAAUUUUUUUCUUUGAAAAGUACAACCCGUUCUACAGCAAAGUCAUACAGAGAAGAAAAACCAGAGGACUACACCAUUUCUCUGAUUCAUUUUAUUAUAUGUAUGGAGCACUUUUAACGCAUGGAGGUAAGCACGUUCCAGCCUCGUCAUCAGGAAGAACAUUUCUAAGCUGCUGGUGGAUAUUUUGUAUAAUAAUAGUUGCGACAUAUACUAGCAAUUUUGUCGCCUUUUUAACUAUUACCAAAGAGACGCUUCCAUUCGAAGGCAUUGAGGGACUAGUAGGACAAAACGUAUUUAAAUGGGGAACGAUUGGUGGAUCGGUGUAUGAAACCAUCUUUAAGAAUUCGGUACUGGCGGAGCGAAGAUCAUUUUGGAACGGUGUCGUUAAUUUCAAUUUCACUGACCCCAAUGUUCUCAGCAGUGAUUAUGAUAAACAAAUAAUAAAGGUUUUAGAGGGAGAGUAUGCGUUUGUAUGGGACAACAUUCCAAUGGAAAUAUCUGUAGCAAAAAGCUGUGAACUAUCAAUAAUCUCCACUGAUAUAUUCUCAACGUAUGCACUUGGUUUACCUAACAACUCACCAUUCCAGAAAGUUUUUUCCGACGGAAUAAUGGCAGUACUAGAGAGUGGACUCAUUGAUCUCUGGAUGUCAAAGAUUUGGCCAAAACUUCAUUCUUGUCAUGAACUAUUAUUGACGCGAGCAAAACCAAUUACAAUUUUUGAUGUGCAGAUUGCACUGUACCUUAUUGGAGUUGGGAUAUGCUUAGCACUUUUAUCUUUACUCACUGAAUGUUUCAAGCGUAGAUGUCAAAUAUGGUUCAAGAAACGUGCAAGGUCUCGGCUAUCCGGUGAAAUACCAAAGAAUGUAAACGAAAACGAAAUGAUUUCAAAUGAAGAAAAUACUGAGUCGCAAUCAAUAUGAAAAACAUAGAGGUCAUGAACUAUUAUUGACGCGAGCAAAACUAAUUACAAUUUUUGAUGUGCAGAUUGCACUGUACCUUAUUGGAGUGGGGAUAUGCUUAGCACUCUUAUCUUUACUCACUGAAUGUUUCAAACGUAGAUGUCAAAUAUGGUUCAAAAAACGUGCAAGGUCUCGGCUAACCGGUGAAAUACCAAAGAAUGUAAACCGAAACGAAAUGAUUUCAAAUGAAGAAAACCUGCCUUGAUACGGCGUUAAAUAAGGACAUACAAGUAAAACAUCCUGAUCAUUAUAUCUUAAAAGUAAAAGAUUUAUACGAAAUUUAUGAUGUACGUUAAUAGAAUAUUAUGACCACAGAGAAACGAACACCGACAUACACAAUAAUG